UGGCAUCACAUGUGCAGACCGAGGGGCGCAUAAGCUGCUGCAUGGAGGGUGGUGACAGUAAGGAGCCGGAGCAGCUCAGGAAGCUGUUUAUCGGCGGACUCAGUUUUGAGACCACGGAGGACAGUUUGCGAGCUCACUUUGAGCAAUGGGGCAAACUCACUGACUGUGUGGUAAUGAGAGAUCCAGCUAACAAGCGCUCACGAGGUUUCGGCUUUGUGACGUAUUCCUGUGUAGCGGAGGUUGAUGCUGCUAUGGCAGCGCGGCCACACAAAGUGGACGGUCGAGUCGUUGAGCCCAAACGAGCCGUUUCCCGAGAGGACUCCAAUAAACCUGGAGCCCAUCUGACAGUGAAAAAGAUCUUUGUGGGUGGAAUCAAGGAGGACACAGAGGAGUAUCAUAUCAGAGAGCACUUUGAGCGCUAUGGGAAGAUUGAGAUUAUUGAUAUAAUGGAGGAGCGUUCAACUGGGAAAAAGAGAGGAUUCUGCUUCGUCACCUUUGAUGAUCACGAUGCUGUGGAUAAAAUUGUUGUGCAAAAAUAUCACACAAUCAACUCGCAUAACUGUGAAGUCAGAAAAGCACUACCGAAGCAGGAGAUGCAAGCUGUUUCUAAUCAGAGAUAUCGCGGUGGAGGCAAUUUCAUGGGCAGAGGAGGAGGAAACUUUGGCCGAGGAGGGUAUGGAGGAGGCCGGGGUGGCUGUGGAGGAGAUGGAUACAAUGGAUUUGGUGGUAAUUAUGGUGGGGGUCCUGGAGGAUGCGGUGGAGGUCCUGGAUACGGUAACCAAGGCGGAGGAGGCUUUCGAGGAUAUGACAACUACAAUGAUGGAGGAAAUUUUGGAGGUAACUUUGGUGGUGGAGGCGGCGGCGGAGGACGAGGAAAUUACAACGAUUUUGGGAAUUACGCAGGACAACAGUCCAACUGCGGCCCCAUGAAGGGAAAUAACUUUGGAAGUAGAAACUCAGGACCUUACGGAGGUGGAUACGGCUCUGGGGGCGGGGGCUAUGGGUCCAGGAGAUAUUAACAGAUCGGUUUGUCUGUGGUAAGUUCAGCGCCGCCUCAAGAGACUCCACAGACGUCUAACACGGGAUGACUUGUGAUGUGUCUGUUCAACAGGCCUCAGAUCCAGAGUUAGAUGAGAAGAGUGGGAAGGAAAGGAAAGAUUACUGAGAAAGUGUGCGAGGGGCCAAGAUCUGCCAGUUAUAGGUCUUACUAACGUUAGUGUAGUCAGACGCUCCACAACUCGUGUGUGUGUGUGUGUGUGUGUGUGUGUGUGUGUGCGCUAGUGGAUGUACAUUCCUUCACCGCUUGACUUUUCUGUGCUUUUCACCUAUGCUCAAUCCCUUGUGAGCAUUUUUGAGAGUGCUGCCAAACACUGUAGUCAGAAUAGUCCUAAAUAUUAUUUGAUGUGAGUAUACAAUAUGUUGUGGCCUUAAGUAUAUUAUUUGGAGAAAACAGGACUUGUUUAUUUUUUGAUUUGACGACAGUGAUGUCACGUGUAUCUUUAUAUAUUGUGAGUAUGCAGUACAUGUGUUGUUCAUGAAGCUCUGAAUGGUAAACGGAGUAGAUUUAGUCAGAUCUGAGGGCAUGUGACAUGUUAAACCUGUAAAGAGAGAAGUCUAGAUUGUUGAAAUAUUUUUGACAAAUGAAAAAAGAAACCGGCUGAAAUAAAGUUGUGUAGUAACUUGCCUAACGAAGUUCAGUGCGUCAUUGAGUCUGAAGGGGCGAGUGUCGCUGUCCUGAGCGCGUGUUGUUGUGUAUGAGAGUAGAAAGGCCUCCAGGCCCAGACAGACGAACAGUUAUGGGCUCUCAGACUGGCAGGUCGAUCCCAGCCUCGACUGGACCAGGCAGCCAGUGUGUCUCCAGAAAACUAGCAUCUGUUUCUGUGAGACUAGCUGUACCCGAAGGAAGGAAGGCUAGCGGAAAGCCCACGAGUAUGAGGGUUUGAGACAGACCGAAGAAGAGGAAGAAAGAGUCAUAGGAGCAGGUAAGAGUAACUCUUCUGCUUAAUUUACAGAUGGGAAAAGCAGCGCCUGAUCGACAGUAAGUGGCUGAAAGUCUUUUAUGACACGUUUUCAGCGCUGGUUCUGGAUGGGUAAGAUUAAUGUGUGCAAAAUAUAUGUGGAUUUGGUCAAGAUAUCCUCCUGCAGAGAUUCAGAAACUGCAUUCAACUCAAUUAUUGCACAUUGUGUGUGGCAUAAUCUCACUAAAGCCGACAUUUCCAGGUCUUAUUUCACCGUUCAAAACAAAUUAUUAAUGUAUAUAUAUAUAUUAGUGCUGUCAAACGAUU